CUCAGACCGGUCUCGAGUGGGGGAAGUCAGGCUUGGUCUGGUUUUGGAGGGAUUAUAUUCUUCAAUGAACUCUCCAGAAGUACGAGCACAUACGAGCCGCGAAUUUAAUCAAAAUAACUUCUUAUCAUCUACUUCCUGAUUUCUCUGUGGCGGAUUAUGGCGCAGCUACCCUAUCCACAAUCCCUGGGUGUGAAGAAUUGUGAUCCUUAUGUCUUUGAUACGAGCCAUUUUGAGGGUCUGUUGGGCGAGAAUGCGAAGCGCAUCUUCGUGCCCGACAACCAACUUCAGAUUAAACUAGUCGAAGUUGGUCAAAAAGACUGGAUUUUCACUACCCCAGCCGAGCUCCAUGACUACCUGCAUUCAGCAACAUUCAAAGGAACAAGAAUAUUUUUAAUACCACAACGUUAUUCGUGGGAUUACCUAACCAUAUCCGAAAAUGGGCUUCGACAACUUCUUGAUUUUUUUGGAGUCUUUCCGGCGUUCAUCGACGUUCUCUGUGCCUUUGGGAAGUCAACAUCUGAGACUAGCGACUCUCUUGGUGGGUGUUAUGGACACCAGCAAGGAAAUGUUUCAGAACUUUGCUACCUGGCUAAGAAUGUUGAGAAGCAUGGCCGGGAGGGCUCGGACGAACCGUGGUCGAUCCGGCAGCUCGGUCUCUACCAUCGACAUGAGCCUGAGAAUGACACGUUCAUCAUUCUCAAUCCGAUGAUAUCCUUCCAGCAGCGACUAAAAGACGCUCAAGCCAAAACUGGUGCGGCUCCAACUUGGCGAGAUAUCCAUAUGCUCGCUAUAUCACAUGCUACUUGGCAGUGGAGAUGGUACUUGUCAUUCUGGGAAACGAAACUUAGCCAACUGGUAUCCAAGGCUCAUGUCUCUCGAGUUGAAGGUCGAAAGAUGACGGAGAAGCUCCCAGUCGUGACAAUCGAGUACAGCGACUUUCAAGACGUGCAACUAAUCCACGACCGAAUGAACAUGGCUAAGUAUAUCCUUGGGUCUAACAUCAGCAUUUGCGAAAAGCUCCAAACCCAGAUAUCUGAUGUUCCUCACGUGAGCAUGUUGUCGGGUGAACUCCAUCUCCAAAAAAUACGCGUGGAAAACCUGCUCGAAAGAACACGGAGCGGCUCCGGCCUCAUGCAAGACAUCAUCUCCUUUCGAGGUCUUGAUGCACUCAAAAUAAGUAGCGAAAACUCGAAUGAGAUGGCCCGCCUCGCGGAUAUUGACAGCAAGAACAUGGUGAAGCUGACAGCUAAAUCUCAACGAGAUGCCGGGAUGUUGAAGAAAAUAUCUAUCCUGACCACAAUAUAUCUUCCAGCGUCGCUUGUGUCCGUGAGUAUAUUUAGGCAGAUGCUAUUUUAGAUGCUAUUUCAGCGCGCUAACAGAUCUACAGCAAUU